AGAAGGGGGGCGGGCUCAGGAGCAGCACACAUGAGUUGUCAAACAGGUUUGUCUUGUGCUGCUAAGUGGUUUCAAACACAUUCACACACACAGUUGUGGGUAGGACAGUGCAGUGUGUCCGUUGGGCCAACACGAGAAAACCAAGGAGAGGCUCAGGAGCUCAACAGGAGGAAGUGCAAAUGUCAAGGAACUAGAGUUCAACUGAGAUACUCCAGUUACAUCUCUUCAAAAAUGGAGUACAGCUGAUCCUGCACAGAGGCACAAAUAAAGGAAAACAUUGCAAUUUCUGCAGCUGCAAACAGAGAACGGACAAGGUACGACUUCCAGUUUUAGAAAAUGCCUGUGGAGACUCUCCAACGUCCAGUGAGGCGACCAGCGAGGACUGCUGUAGCUGCUACACCCCCACGCUUGCGACCCAAGGGGCCAGUGGGGCCAGACUUCUUUCGGCAAUGCCCCGCAGCAGAAGGCAGACCAAAGCAGAGCGCAGUGGAAAGGCUGGAGGCAGACAAGGCUAAAUAUGUCAAGAGUCAGGUGGCUCUGUCUAAGCAGCAGCCGGUCAGGCCUCCUGAGCUGCGGAAGCCUCUGCUGAGCCCCGGCACUGCCCUGCGGCCGACCAGGAAGACGCCGACCCAGGCUAAGACAAAGCAGGAGGGCGUCCAGCUCGACCUGGAGCACCUGAGUAACCUCAUCAGUGGUGUGAGCGACGGACCUCAGUCCAGCACCACUGUAAGCUCAGAGGACAGUAAAGCUCCUGAUGGUGCAACCACUGCACACAGCUCUCCUUGCCCCUCACCUGUAGAGCCACAACCCAAAAAAGAGAGGCCACGUCCACCUCCCCGUCCUGACUGGUCAAGUCCGGCUAAGGUGAGAUUAAAAGCCUCAGGACCAGCCAAGGUGGAGAAUCCAGGUUCUCCUGCGUCUCCUGCUGCAGGGACUGUUCGCAGAGUGGACGUCAUGCCUCAGGCCGGCCCUGUGAGGUCGACCUGCAGACCGGCUCAGUUCAUGCGGCAGCCCCUUCAGCCCAUACCUUUACAUUCCCAGUUUCCACUCCGCCCGGCUGCUUCACACCUGCGCCUCCUCCAGCCGAGAACAACACCAGGUUCUUCUCCUCUGAAAGCUGCCCCUGUUGUUGCUCCGUCGAAACCUGACAACCCUUCCUCUUCUCCAACUGAAACCCCUGCCCCUGCUCCGCCUACCCCCAACUUCCCUAUUCUUCCUCCUCCCUCCCCUGCAAUCACCCGUUUGUCCUCCUCCAGCUCCAGGAAACGCCCGUCUCUGACCCGGUCUAAAUCAGACAUGAGCGACCGGUACUCCAGGGCCGGGACAGAGCUGGAGCGCUUCUUCAACCUGUGUGGUCUGGACCCUGCAGACCUACAGGAGUUGACUGGGUCUAGUUCUGACAUCGUUUCCCUCGCCCGUUUUCGCAGCGUGAGUGCUCCGGGGUCUGAGUGCGCGGGAGGAGAAAAUGAAGAUGAGGAGGAGGAAGAUGCUGGCAACGCUACAGAGCGUGUCCCCUACGGUGUUUCUGUCAUUGAGAGAAAUGCAAGAGUCAUCAAAUGGCUGUAUGGGCUCCGUCAGGCCAAGGACAAUGCAAGUAAGAGCACCAACUUAUAAGAUGAUGGUGUUAAAUGGUCUAAAAGAUUUAAAACAAAAGUAAAAUUUCAACAUAUCAAAACCACAGAACGCAUGGAGUGAUGGGAUCUCAUGAUUAAACUGGUAGUAAAUUGAAAUGUAUGAUGUGAUGGAUGCAAUUUGUCUGCCAAGUAAUUCACUCUGAUUUGGUUGUUUUGAUUUGGUUUUUUGUUGUUUUAGUUCUUUCUUUCUUUUGCAAAAUGAGAAUUAUUUUGAAAUAUUUGUCACUAAAUGACAGAUUUGACUUUUCUUAUUGAAUGUUUUUUUUUUGUGAGUCUCAUAAUGGGGCUAUCAACACAUCACAUUCUGCUGUAAAUGGACGUCAUUAAAGAUUGAAUGAUGCAUCUUG